AUGGGUGCAGGCAGACCACUUAUCGCCCUACUGGGCCUUUUGUUCACGGCUGGAGCCUUUAUCCUCAUGAUGCUCACACUAAUAGGCGGAUCGCGGAAUACCAACCCUCUCAAUCGUACGUGGUUCCUCGAGGCCGAUACUUCGAACAUCCCUGGGGCACCAGAGACAUCGAGAUGGACCUUCUGGGGCGUGUGCGGUGUCUCCGAUGGGAAAAAUGACUGUCAUGGCACUACAGCCGCCUUUCCUCUUGAUCCGCCAUCGUCGUGGAAUUUCGACACUACCGACGGUGUGCCUCCUCAGUUUAUCGGAACUAGUCGAUAUUUCUAUAUCACACGGUUCAUGUUCGCGUUUAUGUUGAUCGGCGUAUUUUGGGUGGUUUUGUCGCUGUUCACUGGGUUGUUGGCUCUUUGCACGCGCAUUGGGGCCUGGGUCUCCGCCUUCUUCGCCGUGCUCGGUCUUAUUUUCCAGACUCUGACAUCUUCUUUAAUGACUGCCGGAUAUGUAAAGGGACGCAAUAACUUCUCAUCAAACGGCCAGCCGGCCAAAGUCGGGCCAAACGCAUUUGCGUGGAUGUGGACGGCAGUUGCACUCCUCUUCCUCUCCAGCUGUCUAUAUUGCGUAUCUGGGACCGGAAGGUCGAAGCGACGGGCCAAUGCUACCGCUAGUGGAGCUACGACGAGACAUAAACCGAGAGGGUUCUUCAAAUCUCAAGAUACCCAGAGGGCUCCCACUGACGGCGCGGUUGAUAAGGGUUACGCGUGA